AUGGAUUAUAGUUACUUCAAGCCGUCGGAUAUGGAUGCAAGACAUGUCAAGCCGCCGGAUAUUCUGUCUUCCUCGUCAAACCCUAAUAAGGGUUUUGCUACUAGAUUACUGAACAUUGACGGCAAAACAUUCUGUCCGCGUAGGGGUGUUGUGUCUGAUCAACAACAGGGACCGAAGGUAGUUAAUGUCAUAGAUGAACUUACCAAAAUCACAGUUCCAGUCAAUCUUAAUGCCGAUGAUCAUGAUGUCGUUAAGCCUAAUGCUGUGCAUGAUGAGGUUUUCUGGGAAGCUAGUAAGGAGGAGAAAACAGUCUCGUAUGCUGAAAAGGUGCAGUCCACUCGUAAGAAAAGGGAGGUAAAUUUCAGACUCUUGGAACCUAAGGAAACGAGAGAUGAUGCUGAUAUUGUUAUACCGAAAGAGGUUGUGCAGCAGGUUCAAGACAAAUUCGAUAAUGUCCUCUAUGGUUAUUUUUUAGGGAAUAGAUUGCCGUUUCCUGUGGUUGAGUAUUAUGCAAAGAAUGUCUGGGCAAAGUUUGGGUUUUCAAAACUUAUGAUGAACACGUCAGGUUUCUUUUUCUUCAAGUUUGACUCGAAGGAAGGAUUGACUAAGGUGUUGGAAGGAGGACCAUGGUUAAUACGAAAAGUCCCGUUAUUUCUGAACAUAUGGUCUCCGAAGGUUACACUCAAGAAAGAUAGUAUCAAAACCGUUCCAAUAUGGGUUAAGUUGCACAAUGUGCCGAUUUCAGUUUAUACGGAUGAUGGAUUGAGAUUGUUGGCUUCGAAGCUAGGGGUUCCUAAAAGGUUAGAUUACUAUACAGCUGAUAUGUGUGUUGAAAACUGGGGAAGGAGUAGUUAUGCUCGUGCGAUGAUUGAGUUAAAUGCUGAUAACGAGCUGAAGGAUCACAUUACUGUAGCUAUCCCUAAAAUGGAUGAGGAUGGGUUCAUUUUGGAACGGGUUAAAGUUGAAUAUGAGUGGAGGCCGUUACGCUGUAGUACAUGCUGUUUGUUUAGUCAUGAUGACAAUACGUGUAGCAAGAAACCUAAUGGUAAGGCUAAGAUGGUUACUGUUGAUGAGGAGGGUUUUGUUACUGAUAAAAGGAAGAUGGCGAGGUACUCGUUCCCUCAAAAGAAGCAGAAACCUAAGGUUGUGUAUAAACCUAAGACUAAUAAAUAUCAUGCAAGUACGUCUGGAACGAAGGGGGAUAAUUCGGCGGCUGUGCAGUUGUCAAACUCCUUUGCGGUGCUUGAUAAUGAUAAGAAUAAUGAGAAAAGGGAUCCGACUAGUGCCAAGUCGAUGAUUGAUGAAAAUCAUGGUACCCGUAUACAACAACCUGAUGAAGUUAAGGAGUUGAAUCCGACAGAGAUGGCUGAUUUUAUGAGUGGUAACAUGAAUAAUCAAAAUUCUGAGGGGGCAAGCACUCCCGGUGACAAUGAGUCUCAUGUGGCUGUUAAUAAGCUGAAUAAGAUAUGUGAGAAGAUUUUUCGGAAUUGGAAGUGGACAUCGAACGGAGGUAUGUGUCAUAGAGGUACGAGGGUGAUAUUGGGGUGGAAUGCGGAUGAUAUUGAUCUUAUGGUUAUAUCCCAAUCAGACCAGGUUAUUCAUGCUCAGGUAUUGUUAAAAUCGGUCAAAAAGAAGAUAUUUUGUUCUUUUGUGCAUGCGGAAAACAAAUAUCAGGAUAGGAGAAGCUUGUGGGCUGAUUUGUGUAACUUUAAAGGCCUCACUCAUGAUACCCCUUGGGUUGUAAUGGGUGAUUUCAAUGUCGCUUUGAAUAUGGAGGAUUUUACUAUGGGGCCGUCCUCCCACACAAUAGCUAUGCGAGAAUUCUAUGAUUGUGUUCAAGAGGCAGAAUUGAUCGAUGUUAAGAGUCAUGGGUUGCAUUAUACUUGGAAUCAAAAACCAAAGGAUGGGGUAGGAAUGCUAAAGAAGAUUGACCGUAUUAUGGGUAACAUCAAACUCUUAGAUGUUUUCUCGGAUGCUUAUGCUAUGUUUCAGCCUUUCCGUGUUUCAGAUCAUGCUCCUGCUAUCUUGAAAUUAUUUUCUAUGUCUACGGACCGGCCUAAACCUUUUAAAUUCCCAAACUUUAUUGUGACAAAGCCUGAGUUCCGUCAAGCUGUGAUGUCCGAAUGGACUAAAACUGUGGAGGGUGCUACCAUGUUUUCUGUGGUUAAGAAAAUGAAGGGUCUGAAAUCACAUUUUAGGAGGAUAUUGCGUAAUCAAGGUAAUCUCCAUAAAAGAGUUACUGACUUACGGAAUGAGCUGGACCAGAUUCAAAAACAGGUGGAAGCUCAUCCUUUUGAUGCUGCUAUUCGGUCUUCUGAGACUAUCUGUUUGCGAGACUUCAAGUCAGCGGUUUAUGAUGAGGAGUGUUUCUUGAAACAAAAAUCUAAAGUGCAAUGGUUAUGUGCGGGUGAUUCAAAUACAUCCUACUUUCAUAAUAGUGUGAAAAGUAGGAAUGCUAGAAAUAAAAUCAAUUGCAUUAAGGAUACGAAUGGGAACCAGUAUGAGGGAGUUGAUGUCGCGGCUGCUUUGCUAAACCAUUAUUCAGCUUUCAUGGGCACCGAAGAUAAAGUGGCUAGGUUGGAUGAUGCAGAUUUAUUUGUUAAUGUUUUGCAGCAGAAUGUGGCGGAGACUAUGGUGAGACAGGUUACCGAUGAUGAAGUUAAACAGGCUAUGUUCAGUAUAAGUGAGAAUAAGGCUCCAGGUCCGGACGGAUACACUUCAGCGUUUUUUAAAAAUGCCUGGGAUGUUGUGGGCGGUGAAGUUAAAAAGGCGGUGUGUGAUUUCUUUAAUACGGGCAAAUUCUUAAGCAGAUUAACCAUACGAUUUUAG